AUGGGGUCGUUCACACAGGUUAGUCUACUGCUAGCAGCAGCAGCAAGCUUGCCCUUCAGCUCUGCAGAUGGACAAUAUCGUUCUCGUCCAGACCUCGCAGUCCCCAAGCUGAAUAUAACUGUGCCGGCGUCUGAUGCCAAUAGCACGGAGUAUGUGUUUGUUGCCCCCUACGCCAACACCAUCCAACAGCCUGGAGCUUAUAUAUAUCGGAAGGACGGCGAUCUUGUGUGGUCCGGCAUUGGGUACUAUGCAGGGUUUGUAGGCAACUUCCAUCCUACUACAUACAAUGGGAAGACUGUCCUUCAGGCCUUUCAGGGGUCGAUGGACCAAAACCAUGGGGAGGGUGUUGGCCAACACGUGCUCCUUGACCAAAGUUAUGAGCAUGUAAAAUCUACCAAAACUGGCAACCACCACAUUCCGUCUAUUCACGAGUUUACUGUCGUCAACGGCGAGACUGCGCUUGUGGAAAUCUACCUUCCGACCAUUGCAAACUUGACAGAGUACGGUGGAAAUUCGUCACAGCAGUGGCUUGGAAACGGACUCUUUCAAGAAUUUGAUAUCGCAACUGGAGAGCUCGUGUUUGAGUGGAAUUCCUUGGACUAUCUUGAUCCUGCAGAUUCCCUGAACCCAUUGGGCGGAUCCGCUAGCAACAGCGGACUCUCGUCAGCCCAAACCUGGGAUUACGUUCACAUCAACAGUGUUGACAAAGACGACGAUGGCAACUACCUCGUUUCUUCGCGACACUUCAGUACAAUCUUCAAGAUCAACGGAACCGACGGCUCCAUCAUCUGGCAGCUGGGCGGCAAUCAUUCCACAUUUACUCAGGAUUUCACAUUCGGAUUCCAGCAUGACGCCCGUUGGCGAUCACAAUCCGACAGCAUCGAGGUAGUUUCUUUCUUCGACAACUCAGGCAACGGUCACAUCACUUUCAACAACGUCUCCAGAGCCUUGUUUGUCCAGCUCAAUCACACGGAUAAUACCGCAACUGUCCUGCGAAAAGCCACUGCCCCUUAUGAGCUGCAGGCUAAUUCUCAGGGAAACGCCCAACUGCUUUCGAACGAUAACCUAUUUGUUAGCUGGGGGUCAGCAGGCGCAUUCACGCAAUUCAAUGCCGACAAUGAAAUCCUUUAUCAUGCGUUUAUCGAAGAUGCGGUCAGUUACCGUGGAUUUCUAGCUAAUUGGACUGGGACACCGAGUGAAUCUCCGGCUCUGGCGGCCUAUGUGGAUUCAGCCAAUACAACUAGGUUGUAUGUUUCGUGGAAUGGAGAUACGGAGACCAAGGCCUGGAAGUUCUACCAGGUUCAAGAAGGUGGUGACUCCAACGAGGCGCAGUAUCUUGGUGAGCAAGCCAGAACAUCAUUUGAAACAACUUUCCUCAGGGAGAGCGAGUACCUUCCUACAAGUGAUGUGAAAUAUUACGCAGAGGCUAUUGGCAGUACUGGCAAUGUCCUUGUGAGGACCUUGCCAUCUAUCGCAGUCGGCUUUACCGACAUUACUAGGAAGUGA